AUGGGAGGUUUUACCAGCGGACGGCUAGAUGAUGACGGCUAUAUCCCAAUGCCCUCUACCCGGCCUGGCUUUGCUGCGCUGUGGCAACUACAGCAGGAGCAAAUCCCGGGGAGCAGUGUCCACAUUCAAUUUAUCGGCGAGACAAGAACGCCGACACCGCAGGCGUAUGUACCAGAUCCUGCCGAAAGGCCAGCGAAAGCUGUGGAUGGUGUUUCAGACUUUCCCUUCAUUGAGCUCGGACAACCGUCCCGGGAACCGUCGUGGGUGGACGUGACGGGCGGACAGCUCAGGAGAGAUUCGAAAAGCUAUACCUGGCCAUUUACAUUUUCGCGCACACAGAAAACCUUCCGGGUCCUACUUUUUCCAUCGGAUGGUGAACCUCACAUUGAAGCUGUUUUUACACACCACCUCGCCUCAAAAAACUCGUACAUUUUCAGCCUCAGUGUCAUGGAUAAACCCAACCUGUUGCACAUGCCAGCAAAUCUGUAUGUAGAACUCCAACGAAUAACACAUCACAGCCUGGUACAAGCCAUUCUACUACAUCGAUACGAGCCAACUUCAGUCUAGGGUAACAAAUGGUGACCAGAGUGAGUAACAUGUAACUUACGCAUCUUAAUAUAAGAUAUCUGUAGCAAGAGCAUUGACUUCAAAACAGAAAUCUAGCAAAAUAUUUCAAAACGCUUGCAGUCCGAGGGUUCCAACUUCGCUAACUAUUAUGAACCCUCAGUCAUAUGAUAACUUUUGUGAAUUUACGGUAAUUCUUACCUGAUAUAUUUCGCUAUUCUCAGACUUCAAUCGCAAGCUAUGCUUCAAUUAGUGAGCAAUAAGAAGAAACGUUAGAUCCACAAUAUAGAG